AUGAGACCACUCUCACUAGCCGGGGUGAUAGGCUUGACCUCCGCCCUCUUGCUCGCUGAGGACCCGGCCAAUUCGGUGACAAUCGUUUCCAAGCACAUGCCUGGAGACUAUGACAUCGAAUAUACAUCUCCCUGGGCUGGUGCCAAUUUCAUGCCCAUGUCAUUCGAGGAAAACAGCAGGUGGGAACGGAGGACAUGGCCGGUGCUAAAGAAACUGGCCGAGGAAGUGCCUGAAGCUGGCAUCCAUUUUCAAAGAGUCCAAGUCUACCGCCGCGAUAAGGACAUAAUCACAGGAGCCGCCAGCUUCGACGGGCUCUUCGUCUCGAACCCAUGGUUCGGCACCCUCUUCGACGACUACCGCGAGCUUCCACCCGACGAGCUCCCCCCGACCGCCUCGUCGGGCUGCGAAUGGACCUCGGUCUGCAUCAACACGGCCAUCUACCUCCCCUGGCUCGUAGGCCGGUGCCGCCGCCACGGCGUCGUCUUGAAGCGCGCGGUGCUCUCGCACAUCCGCGAAGCCAAGGAGCUGCACCACACCGGCCGCCCGGCCGAUGUCAUCGUCAACGCGACGGGUCUGCUGGCGUCCCGGCUCGGCGGGGUGGAAGACCAGAGUGUGGUUCCGGCUCGGGGCCAGAUCGUGGUGGUGCGCAACGAGGUGUUGCCCAUGGCGACCAUCAGCGGCACUGAGGACGGGGAGAAGGAGGUUUGCUACAUGAUGACUCGGGCGGCGGGUGGAGGGACGGUCCUGGGAGGCACGUACGACGUUGGGAACUGGGAUGCCAACCCGGAUCCGAACAUCGCGGUGCGAAUCAUGAAGCGGUGUAUCGAACUGAAUCCGAGCCUAACGGGGGGGAAGGGCAUCGAGGCUUUGGAUAUCAUCCGGCAUGGGGUCGGGCUGAGGCCUUACAGGAAGGGAGGCGUCCGCAUUGAGGCGGACAGGAGCAUCUUGGAGGAUGGCACGCCGGUGGUGCAUAAUUACGGACAUGCUGGCUGGGGUUUCCAAGGCUCAUUUGGCUGUGCUGAGAAGGUCGUAGAGUUGGUCCAAGCGAUCCAGACGCAAGAGAAGGCGAAGUUGUAG